CGGUCGCGCGCGCACGUCACUUCGAUUUGGCUCCUGCUGCUGCUGCUGCUGCUGCCUUCACUGACAGACGGGCCUUCUAGGCACCCAAGGCACACUAAUAUUGAGCGCAACCAGCACAGUCUGGGUGAAAAAAUGAUUCAUCUCUCUAUAUAAUAGGACUGCCAAGCUGGGAAGCUUUCAGUAUCGCGAAGCAGUUGAAAUCGGAACAGCGCCAUUAUUGUUCCCUUCGUACACGUGAUCGAGUUGAGAUUGUUCGGGCGAAAAGAGAAUUGUAGUCCAGAAUAGCAGUGAAUUUUUCAGAGUGAAUUCAAAAUGCAAAUCCCGCUUGCCACAUGGCUAGCGAUCGUGUGCUGCUCGGCAGUCACGUUUGCUCAGCAAUAUUACUACUUCCCACCUAGUCGCUACAUAAGUUAUGCCGAUGGAAGAACCGAGAUUCUCAGUCCGGCCCCGGUGAUUCGCAAUCUUGCCCGAAUUGAUGACCGUCGGUCCCGGUACACAGCGGAUCCUGCCGGUUCGGCAUCGAAACUGUCGGCUAGUAAAAGCAUCAGUUCACGAUUGGGGGGCGCCUCAUCACAGAGCACGAUCGCACCCCGGAAUGACGCACAACUUUCCCGUGCCGUGGUGGAUCUUGCCCUUAGUAUAGGCCGCGGUUCCACGGAUGAAAACAGUGCCGUUGAAGUCUUCUCUCCCGCUAGCAUUAUGGGUAUCAUAAACUUGCUGCUGCUGGGAGCCGAUGGAAUUACCCGGACGGAACUGAUGAGCGCUAUGAAACAGGGUGAUAGAACAACGGUUAGCUCGUAUCAUAGCAGGGCGGCUGCAUUGAUGAACAAUUUGCUAGCCAACAAACCACAAGAACUGGAGCAGCUCGCUUGGAAGACUGAGUCUUGUUCGUCGAACGAUUACCCAGAUUCUGAAGAACCGAUCGACAUAGCUUCGAAAUCAAAGGACCUUCGCAUUGCUAAUGGUAUAUUCGCCCAAAGCCAGCUUCCCCUAAGGGACAAAUUCGUGUCUCUGUCCAACCAACUGUAUGGAGCAACCACACAAAACGUAAACUUCCGGGACUCGUUAGCAUCUGCUUCGCAAAUCAACAAAUGGGUGAACCAAGCAACUAACGGAAAGAUCCGCGAAGUGACGAACGGUCAAUUUUCGCCGGACACGCUAAUGACCAUUGCCAGCACGCUGUACUUCAAAGCAUCCUGGAUGACGGAAUUCUUGGCUAAAUCUACCAAACCGAGAAAAUUCUAUCCUGACGGUUCGGCCCGACCGGCCAUCAAAGUGGACAUGAUGCUGUUGAGUGGUUGUUUGCCGUAUCAUUUUGAGCGGAGUUUGGGACUCCGCAUGGUUGGUUUGCCGUAUAGCGACAACGCCACCACGAUGUACGUCCUUAUGCCGCAGAACUCCACUCGAGCCAAGCUAAGAAGUCUACAGAAUCAACUGACGGCAGCGGGACUGGAUUCGAUGAUUUCCAAGAUGAAAAUGCGUAGCACCUCGUUGCAGUUUCCCCGGAUGCAGUUGGAGAGCAGUACAAAUCUGGAAAAAUCAUUCCGCCGGCUCGGCAUCAAAUCGAUCUUCAGCCCCCAGCACAGCAACCUCCGUCUGAUGCUCGAUCAGUCCGUGCAGGGACGACUGCCACUUUUCGUGAGUCAGAUCCAGCACAAAGUUAAUCUCAGCGUCGACGAACGCGGCACGGAGGGUGCUGCGGUCACGAUGACUCUGGUAGACAAAGCCGGUCCGGCGGUCGUUUUCAAUGCCAAUGAGCCGUUCCUGAUUUAUGUUCGUCACGAUCCCACCCGGCUGCCGUUGUUCUACGGAGCGGUAUUCGAUCCGCGAGGCUAAACGAAGUGAGACUUUUGUUUGUUAGGUUGCCGCGACAGUAGUUGUCGGUUUUUCCAGAGAUGCCAAAGAGGAGUGACUAAUCAGCGUUAAAUUAUUCUAAUCUUGAACGUAGGGAAGGAAAGGGAGUGCGUGCGAAUUUGAACUUUAUUCAGUGAAAAAUAGUAUAGUAUUAUUGUAUUGAAAUUGUAAUUGGAAUACAAAUAAAUGCAAAUGCAGAAAAGGGAGCUUCAUUUUCAAAGCUUCAGUAAUGCAAGAUUAAGAUUGAAGUGCUACCGAUUCUUCUCUUGUACUAUUAUACAAUUGACGACUACACAGAUAAACAUAUUUUGUAAAUUUACAGCUUUACAGGUCUUAAUUUUUCAAUAUACUUUAGAGACAAAACUAA